GAAAUCCUCUCCACUGUCUUUUAUUACACAGUCCCCCCUGUACUUCCGGUCACCCCCACUUCUUCCGGCGCCGGCGACUUCCUCCGCUGAAUCCUCUCCUCCUUAGAUCCCCUCGCCGCGAAACACGAAGCGGCGAAUCCCGCAAUUUUCGAUCCCGGAAAUAAAAGGAAAGAAAACAUAGUUUAUAGUAUCGGUAAAUUAUGGCGGAAGAAGCUGUAGUUGAAUCGGUGCCGCCGGAAACCCUAGAAACUCCGCAUCCACCGGCAGCUUCUCCGACCGAUUCGCCCACCGCGGUCGCUUCGGAUCCAUCGCUCUCGCGAAAUGCAUCGUUCAGUAAACUCAACGCGCGAGCUCCCGAGUUCGUUCCUAGUAAGCAACCGCCUCCUCCUGCUGCUCCGUCUCCUCCGCUACCGUCGAGACUGGCUGUGAUCCCGCCGCCUCCUGGCGCGGCUAUGAUGCAUAUGUACUCGCCUGCACCGUCUCCGCCGCUGCCUACGGCGGCGGCUGGUCCGGCGUCUCCUUACCACGUCCCGAUUCACAGCCCGGUGCCCGUGGGUCACGUGAUUCCGGUCCAGAAUCAUCAUCCGCAUCACCAUCACAAUCAUCAUCUGCACCACCAGCAACCGCCGCCGCCGCAGCAGUUCGUUGCGGUUCGGAAUCCCAACAAUCACCACCACCAGCAGCAGUUCGGCCAGAACGCUCACUAUGUGCCUGUACAGGGACACAGUAAUCAGCAGCACCAUCAUAAUCAUCAUUACGCGAAGAAGUUGCAGCAGCAAUCGGAGGAAGGCGAGCAGAAUGAGGUUGGCCCGGCGGAUCACGGACGGUCCAAGAACGAGAAGACCGAUAAAAACGGGCUCUCUGAUGAAGCUAUGCAGAAGCUUUUGAAUCAGGUAGAAUACUACUUCAGUGACUUAAACUUGGCUACUACAGAUCAUCUGAUGAGGUUCAUUAGCAAGGAUCCUGAUGGAUAUGUGCCAUUAUCUGUUGUAGCUUCUUUCAAGAAGGUCAAAGCUGCAGUAAAUAGUCAUUCUCAACUAGCUAACAUUUUGAGGAACUCUUCAAAGCUUAUUGUCAGUGAGGAUGGGAAAAGAGUUAAACGUCAGCAACCAUUUACUGAGCCUGAUAUGGAAGAACUGCAAUCGCGCAUUAUUGUUGCUGAAAAUUUACCCGAGGAUCAUUGCCACCAAAAUCUGAUGAAAAUCUUCUCUUCUGUUGGAAGUGUUAGAACAAUUCGCACCUGCCCUCCUCAAAAUUCUGGUGCUGGGGCUGCGGCAGUGUCUCGAUCUACAAAAGCCGAUGGCAUGCACUUCACUAACAAGUUGCAUGCAUUUGUGGAGUAUGACUCUAUAGAGAUAGCUGAGAAAGCGGUUAUGGAGCUGAACGAGGAAGCAAACUGGAGGAAUGGUCUUAGAGUUCGCCUGAUGCUAAAACGUCCAUCAAAACCUGCUGCUGGCGGACGUGGGAAGAAGGGUCCUGAUGGGCCAGGGCAGUUGGAGGAAGAAGAAGAGGCUUCCACCUCUGAACAGCAGCCAAACGAAAAGCCGAUCGAGGAUCUUCCUAAACAGCAGCCUGAUGUCUGUGUUAAUGACCAUCCUGCGGAGGACAAUCUGAACAAUGACAAGGACGCAGUACAGAGAAAAGGCCGGGGCAGAGGGGGACGGGGCAAGGGACGCGGCCGAGGCCACUCCCACCACCACAACUCCGGUCGAGGAGCAAACCAUGUCGGUGGGCCUGCACCUUCGAGCAGCACAGCAGCCAUGUGCGAGCAGACAUUGAAGCAACCACCGCCACCAGGUCCCCGGAUGCCCGAUGGCACCCGAGGAUUUGCCAUGGGACGAGGGAAGCCGGUCCCUGUUAACACCGCAUGACACUGGCACAUCACAUUGCAGGAGAAGGGUGGGGUUUGACUGUUAGCGUAACGCGUCCAGGAGAACGGGCAACUCUGUACUCUAAUGGGGAUGGCUUUGGAGCUUUCAUCUGGAUGGGCGAAGUGGCGAGUCAGGUAGCCGUGAAGUUUUUAUUUAAAGCAGGAGCAUCUCUUUUCUUUCUUUGUCUGUGUUCUGUGUCUGGGAAGUGUACGUGCCCUGAACGAACAAACGAUCUGUCUUCCUUUUCUUUCUUCGGAUUGUUUGUUUGCUUUUUCAUGUUCAUUUGGGUGGGGGAAAGGGGAGCAAGGGGGAUCAUUAUAAAGUGUAUUGUAUAAUGAUGAAGUACUAAAGAAGAAGCUAUACACCCUUUAAGGGAGGAGGAAAUGUGGAGAUACGAGUGUACUAAGGGAAUAAUUUGCACCUGUACUUUCUUCUGUACAUUUUGAUUGAGCUUCGUAACGAAGUUGGAACAUACGAAUUGAACUGAAAAGACAUUGGUUCAA